GCCAAGGCUGCGGCAGUGCUGCGUCUGUAAAUGGCAACCGACUGCCCACCCGACUUAUAAAAGGCGGCUCUUUGGCAGAGCUCUGCAUUCCGUCUGGACGUCUCUGCUCUGUCUGCUGAAGAUUUUUACCAGUGCAUCAUCAUCAUCGUCAUCAUGUCAGAUCUGGAGACUUGUAUGAUUACCACCAUCGAGACCUUCCACAAAUACUCCGGAAAAGAAGGAGAUAAACACAAGUUGAAGAAAUCUGAGCUUAAGGAUCUUAUUAACAAUGAGCUGUCCGGAUUCCUGGGGCAAGUCAAAGACCAGGCCACAGUGGACCACUUAAUGGAGACGCUGGAUGCGGAUGGUGACUCUGAAUGCGACUUUCAGGAGUUCAUGACCUUCGUUGCCAUGGUUACCAUUGCGUGCCACGAGUUCUUUGAGCAUCAUGAGGACGAGUAAUGGCCUGCUCUCUGAAGGUUCCCUUGAAAACGCAAUGCCUUGCAGAUGUUAACCUUGUACCGGCUUUAGCCUGAAAAGUGUCCGUCACUCUUGGGGUCUAUAUGGAGCAGGGAAGGGCAAUCCCAGAAUCUUGGGGUGCAAUGGUGGCUGGUUUCAUUUUAACCAAGCACUUAAUUACUUACACACACACACACACACACACACACAAUGGCAUCCAGUCUUCACAAGCUUCUCCACAGGUGCUCUGCUGUACCUGUUAGCACAGCCUGUGAUUAGACAAGCACAUGUCCUAAUGGUAGAAUUUCUAAGGCUUUUCUUGGAGAGCCCCGUAACCUCUUAUAGAAGUCCCCUGAUGAUUGUGAUUGGAAAAAUCUCAAUGCCAAACAGCUUUCGUUGGAUUAGAUCCAUAAUUUUCUCUUUUACAGGAAUGCUGGGCAGUGAGUGACGCCAUCAUCCAAAUCAAAUUAAAGUAGUCUGACUAUAUAAGCACUUGCCCUCCACUACCAUAAAAAAAAUAAUGAACAAAUUUUAAAAAAUGAAAGAAUGAUGAAUAGACUGAAGUCGAAAUUCAAUCUAUUCAAACUUUGAUGUGGUGUCUGCAAAUUCAGGGAAAUGAUGACAAGCCAACAAAAGUCAAAAUAAAAAUGAUGUAAUAUUAGAUGAAAAUGAAUAAAGUGCCACACAAAGCCAGCAUGGUAGUCACUCAGACAGUGGAGGCCAGUUGCCCACUGAUCAGCUCUCCUCUAACAUAGUGUGUAACUUAAUAGAGAAGACAAAUCAAAACCACAAAGGGUAGGAUUGGGGCUGUCCAGGGCCUACAAUUAGCGACACCAGUACCUGUGGACCCCAGAUUGUAAACUGCUAAUCCACUAUUACUUUAGCUUUUGGUAAUUUUUAGCUAACAAAUUUAGAAGGAACAACUGAAAAUGAAGUGUGAUGACAUGAUGUGACAGAAACCAGAAGUUCUCACCUUUGGUCGCCACAGGAGCUAAAGGUGGGUCCUAGCUGUGUAACUCUGCUGCCAACCCAUGGGGGGCAAAAAAGUACAAAUAAGUGAAAAGGCUAUGAAGUAAUAAUAUAAAAGAACUGGGUUCAAAUCUCCUCCCUGGCCCACUUCACAAAGACAUGUGUUGGAUACUCCUCUCCAUCCAGCUCAGAGAGCUACUGUUGUCAGGCCUGGCACCCUCCAUAAGGAGUAGGAAAGAAGGGGGAGUGCAAGAAGAUGCAGCAUGGGGCAGAAUUUAGAUCAACCUAUAGAACAAUAGCUAAUCAACCACCACUCCUUCAGUCCACCUUUUUGUCCCAUAAGAUAUCAGUAAGAUGAACACCAUCAUAGGAGUAUGCAGCAGCAGUGUCACAGUUUACAUCUGAGCCUGAACAGGCCCUGGACUUCAGAGUAAGUCGGGAUGUAUGGACAGCCACAUGUUUGAAAGUCCAGCAUUUUAGCGACUAGGCCACAAGCCCCAGUCUGGUGUAGUGGCUAAGACAGUGGACUUUAAACACUGAGACUGCACUGUGAAUCUCUGAACAGUUGUAAUGUGUUUUGAUCUUGUAUGUUACCUUGGAUAGAAGUAGCAGUUAAGUAUGUAACAAUAAUAAUAAUAAUAAAAAGCGUGCUUCACAUUGGCCACUUAAAGGCCCAGGCAUGCAUCAUGCAGAGAAUUGGUCUCUCUGGACCAAACACCAUGUCCACAGUUUUGAAGGGCUUUCACACUUCAGGCACUUCCACAGUGACUGAUCACAAGUCAAGGUUGCAGAUAGGUUCUAUCUGUAGAAUUGAGGACAUUGCUCUUCUCUCAAGGCUGCUAGUAGUGGCUCUGCGACCUCCAUAGUUGGACACCAAUACAUUCAAGAAAAUAAGACAUUUCGCUCUUCAAUCCAAAACAGAAAAGUGAGUUUGAGCCACAUUGUCAUUAGUACAUCUCCUGGGAUCUUCUGCAUUUGUCACCCCGUCAUGAAUUUAAUAUCCUGUGCUAAUUCAGCAGUCAGUACAGAAAAUCUGAGCAGGUGACUUUGAUGUCAUUCCCCAUUGACUAGUGAGGAGCCCUGAGCUCACUGAGGUGUACUUGGAGAGUGACUGCUCGCUCACAGUUGGGUCCAGGAUUUUUUCUUGUUUACUGUCCCAAUGGCUACAUUGAGUAACACUGACAACUGAGCUCCCUUGCACCCCAUUAAUGUGGUUAGGCAUGGAAACCCUUCUCUCAGCACAGUGAGGUGCUUUCAAUGUACCAUAUGCUGCUAUGUGUUCAGAUCAUUAAUAAAAGAUGGUCACUGUG